AUGCUACCGUUAACAGCUGUCGUUGCCAUUCUGGAACUCGCAGCAUCAUCUUUCGCUGCAGAUGCAGAUCCCAUUGUCAAAGUCGCGUUCGGGGAAACCACAGUUUCAUACCGCGGCAAGACCGCCGCGUCAAUCGAGCAUUUUCAAAACAUCAAGUACGGCCACGACACUUCAGGAUCGCGCCGCUUCGCGCCUCCAACCCCCUACAUCCCUGACAGCGGUGAAAUCGAUGCCACGCUUCCCGGACCGGCAUGCGCGCAGAUGCGCGACGCAGUGCCGCCCUUCUUCUCAGAAACGCCGGACAUCAGCGAAGACUGCUUGAAUCUUCGAAUCACCCGGCCGGCGGGGACUAAAGAGGGGGAUAAACUCCCUGUCGUUGUGUGGGUUGCUGGCGGAGGCGUUGUAAAAGGCAAUGCAAACGAUCCGCACUUCGACCCGGAGAAGUUACUCACGUUAGGUGUGGAGAUUGGAAAACCUGUUAUUUGGGUGUCGUUCGAAUAUCGUCUUACUAUUUUUGGGUUUGCGCGAUUGCCCUCGCUUAAGGAGGAUGGGAGCUUGAAUAAUGGGAUGAGGGAUCAGAGAGAGGCGAUGCAGUGGGUUAAAGACCAUGUUGAAGCUUUUGGGGGGGAUCCCGAGAGGAUCACGGCGUAUGGAUUGAGUGCUGGGGGGACGAUGACGAGCUUGCAGCUUGUGAGUUAUGGCGGGGAGAAGGGCGUGCCGUUUACGCAGGCGUGGGUUAUGUCGGGGCCGCCGGGGACAGCGGUCAAUAUGAGUAGUGAGGCUACAGAGACGCACACGAGGGCUUGUUUGAGGGAUGUUUUGAUGGAAGAUCUGCUCAGCACGGCGGUGGACUAUUCGAAGCAGAACUUUCCGCCUGCUGGGCUGUUCACGUUCAUUCCAUCGGUGGAUGGUGACUAUUUCCCUGACAGACAGUCGGUUCUCUACAAAGCGGGAAGGUUUGUCAAAGGUAUUCCCAUGGUCUUCGGCUGGACUCAAGACGAUGGCGCUACGAACGCCGGCCCAGCCCAUCUGAUCACCGUCGAAGAAGACAUGAUUGCGCCCAUCGCACGCUUUGCUCCCCUCCUUGAGCCCUCAGACUUCACCGAGUUGUUCUCGCACUACCCCGCAGCCGACUUCAAAGUCGAUGUCGCCAAUUACGAAGCGCGGAAAGAAGACACCGACCCCUCCGUAUCCGUCCACUUCUUCCGCGUUGCACGCAUCAUGCGCGAUCUCUUCUUCACCUGCUCCUCCAUCGAUCUUGCUUUCGAGAUGACACGUCAAACGAGGCUCGAAAAGAAAGACUGGAACGGGGUGAGGCUUUACGAUCUCAAUCAGACGAUGUUGACGCCGUUGUUGAAAAUGGGCGGAAUGCCCUAUGCUGGUGCUAUUCACGGCUCUGACUCGAAUUACAUUUUCAACGGGCAUUUUCUGGAGCUACCUGUGGAAGAAAAGGACAAGAAAUUGUCGCGGGAGUUCAGCACUGCAUUUAUCAAUUUUGCUUACAUUGGCAAUCCAAACUCUGGAGGUGCUCCAGAAGAAGAGUGGGUUCCUGCAUUCGGAGAUAUGAUGAACUCUGAACCGAGCGAUGAGCCACAGGAGAUUAGCAUUGAGGUCAUUGGUGGUCCUUACGGCUCUGGUCCAAUUACUUUGAAAUCCGAUCUUUCCGUUGCCCAGGAAGUAGAGACGCUCGAGCAGCAGGUCAUGAACGAUGGAACGGAAUACGCGGCGAUGCACUCGCCUACUUUACAGAUCAAGAGAGCUCAACUGGAAAAGGAGAAGCUGUUUGAGAGAUGCGCGUAUAUCAACACUCUUGCCGAGAAGCUGGGGCAUUGA